AUAACCGUAGCAUGUAAACAAAAAACAUGGCGACGUCCUUGUCGAAAGGUUUUGUUUUGCUACGACCUUUACCAAAUUUUAAAUGUUUUUCUCAUCCUCUUUCAAAUAAACUUGUAAUAUCGAAGCCAAAAGAUGAUAAAAUUACUCACACUGGACAGAAAUUUGAUGAAGAGGAUAUAAGAAUGGUCCGUUUCCUUGAUAGAGAGAAACAGGUUAAUCCUCAUUUUGCCAUUGAUUUGAUCAAUUCCAUUCCUCCAAAGCCUGUAAAAGAGCGAAUUGUAUGGUGCGAUGGUGGUGGAGGAGCUCUUGGACAUCCUAAAGUUUAUAUAAAUUUGGAUCAGGGACCACAAGCUUGUGGUUAUUGUGGCUUGAGAUUUAAAUUGGAUCAUCAUCAUUAACCUGUGUAUUAUACAAAAACUAGGAACUAUACAUUGUAGGAAGCAUAAUUAUUAAAACUUAUAUUAUUAAAUAAUAUUAUUAGAAGUUA